UGUGUUUAUAUUAUGAUUCAAUUUAAUGGGUUUUGACUGAGUCUUCAUAAGUUAAACAAAAACAUGUCAACAAGAAGUGCUUUAACAGAUGAUGUUCACAAGAGUAUUCAAAAUACACUUGGAAGAAAUGUAAAGGUUUCCUUGAAGUGUAUGGUUUGUAUGGAAACUAAGCCUGAAAAGACAGAAAAUAGAGUAUUGGCUUUUUCUUCAUGCAGACUUUUUAUUCUUACAGCUAAAGUUCCUACAAAGGUUGAAGAAACAUUCCAUUACAUGGACUUGCAAGCUGUUGAGAGCAGGAAUCAAAACCAAGUAAGUGAAAAUAUACUUCAAGUUUUAGUAAAAAAGCUAUCAGUUAUUUGAGAUUGCUAUUAGCGUUAUUUUAUUUUGUAGCAAAUGUAUACAUAAUGCAUAUAUUGGAUGCCUCAUAUUCAUGUUGCCAGAAUGUACAGCUGAAAGUGUCAUGCUUCAGUUUCCUUUUCUGUUUUUGCUUGUAGUUUAGGGACAAAUAACAUAGACAAAGCAAUAAAUCUGUCAUCAAUGAAUAACAUUUAUCUUACAAUUUAAUAUAAAUGGCCAGUAUCUUAUUAUUAGCAUAAUUCCAUUGUAGAAUUAGAAAUUAUCUAUACUUUGUUGUAGGGUGAAAGAGAAACUACACCACUGAGGAUAUUUUUAAUAAUAUUAAGUUGUAAAAGCAUAGUAUUAAGAUCUCCUGAAGUAAGUCAAACAA